AUGUACUUUAUUCCCCGAAGUUCUUCAAAAGCGUUUCGAUUUAAUUGGCUGGAGAUUGGAGUUUGGAGAGGCGGUGCGCAUAUGUCAAGAAAAGCAUUGGCGAUGUCCGAAAAGACAAUAACUAUUACAAGAUGCCGGUGGUGUUCGGCAUUGUAA